AUGAGCAGCUCCUUCUCAAUUGAGAUAUCUCGCGACGAUUUUCCCCACAGAGGGGCAUCGAGAAGCAGCAAACAGAGCAGCCGGCGCAACAACAGUAGCAGCGUUAGUCACGAGUUCGAUGUUACCCCUUCUGAACCUUUCUAUCCCGAGUCAGGCCGGGCUGGCCAGAGAGGGCGGUGGCAGCCCAUGGCUCGCGGAGACGCUCCAACCCCCGGGGGAUCGGAGAAUGAGGCCUCCGUUAGCUCUGCCCCGGCAUCUGCUAGUCCCAGUGCAGGCCCAUCAGGCUGUUCAGUGGACGUCACGCAGCAACAGCAGCAGAAGCUGAAGCAGCAGCAGCAUCGGCAGCGACAGCUGCAGCAGCAGGAAGGGGAAGGCGUUUGUUACGUGGACCAGUCUCGGUCCGAAGCCGACGACGUGCAGUCAUCAUUUGCCUCAGGCGAGGCGUAUGAUCGUUCAUGCCAGCCUGAACAUCCCGUUAACACAAACGAUGAGGCCCCUUGGGAAAACAUGCAGUUGGCUCCGCUAGCCAUUGAGGGCUCCGUGGCGAGUGGAGGUGGGGCUUCUCGCGCGUUGGGUUCUGCAGGGCGAGCGUCGCCUCCCGGAGCUGCUGCGGGUAGCAGCGCCUUACUGAGGCGCGCCUCCACAACAGGAGGACGGGGGCCAACGCGGCAACGCAGCGGCCGGAAGCAGGAAGGGAUUCUGAAACGGCCGACAGAGAAGUGGACCCUGGCGCAAAGCUCAAUGGGAGAGGACGUCGUAAUAGGUCAAAGGGGCAGUAAGCUGUGGCUAGCUCCCGGGUCUGUUUUAUGGCGUUUCUUUCUGUGCGCGUUGGCCUUGAGAAUUGGCAGCUCCCUGGCGCUGCUAGUAAUCGUGCUAACGACGCUGGAGCGGAUGGGCCGCGCUGUGUCAUGUGUAGACAUGUCUAAGUGCAGCGGAGGGGGCGGCAUCCUGGCGUUUCCUAUCUUGCUUCGGGCUCUGCCGAACUUCGGGAUCGGCGUUAUGGCAUACGAGUCCAUCACAGGAUCCUUAGUGGCGGGAUUGGUACUAAUGCUGCUGCCCAUGGCCGGCAACUGCUACUUUACGUGCCAGGCGCUGCUUAAAGGCACGCGAAAGGCGUACCUCGAUGAGGUCAAGGUAACUACCUGCUGCACCGCCUGGGUGGGUGCGUGCGUGGGGGUGUUUAUUCCAGUGGUCUUCCUUACGUAUCAGUUCUGUGACUUGGAACGCUUCGAUGUUAACGGCUCACUCAGGCCUGACAGCGCAUCUAUAGGAGCGGCCUCGGUCAACAUGUGCAACCAGCUGGGGCUUUCGUGCGCUUGCCUAGGAGUCGCGAUUCUCUGCGCGUGCAGCACUGGCUUGUUGGUGUUUCAGCGAUACUCGCGGCUGUGGGCGGCGCAGCUGGGGCUUGGCUGUGUGAAGUUUAUGCUUGCGGGAUAUCUGCUAUGCUCCACCAUCAUGCUUGGCGGGCAGAGCAACCAAAUGAUGCUUGAAACGAUGGAUACGGCGGUGCAUACGGGAGGGCUUCAGAGCCCCAUGGUAGUUCAGAUGGGCCUCUUUUUUGCUGCGUUGAAAUGGGGUGGUUAUAUUCUCGCGGUGAGUAACAUGGCUAGCGGGGCGUUUACUGUGUGGAUGGCGCACUUGCGGUCGCACUUACUGUCGUGUACGAACAUGCUUAUUAAUUUCGUCUUCUUUUUCACCAACGCUGUCUCCUUCUUCGCUAUGACUUUCGAGUUUGCAACCCUCAACGUGGUGUGUGACUACCCAAUGUACCCUAUGCAACAGACGGAGCGGGCGGCAGCUGAGGCCGCCUUUUUUUGCACAAUUAGACCCCACUUUAUAUUCCUGUGGCUUCUCGUGGCACUGUUGUCGGUUGUCCGUCUCGUGGAACUACUCGUUAGUGCGCUGCUCUUCCACCGCGAGUUCUGCAGUGCCAAAAUGCCCAAGCCAGGAGCUCCCCCAUCCGCUCCAAGCAUCGACUCUCUACCCCCUAAAUGGGGGUCUAGGAACAGAUAA